AAAAUGUUUCAUCUAUCGAAUUAUAAAUUUUAUGCCAUUUAUUUAAAAAAAUAUUUGGUUAUUCCAAGUUAAAUGUAAAGUUAUAAUUCUAUAUCUGUUUAAAAUAUAAAUUUCAUACUAUUGUAGUUUGGGUUUAUAUAUUUAUUUAUACAAUUUUAUAAACAGAAAUAGAAAAACAAUAUGUCCCUAAUAUUUACACCUACUAACCAAAUAAGGUUAACAAAUGUUGCUGUUGUGCGAAUGAAAAAAUCAGGCAAGAGAUUUGAAAUUGCUUGUUAUAGGAAUAAAGUUGUUUCUUGGCGAAAUAAGCUAGAAAAGGAUAUCGAUGAAGUAUUACAAACGCACACUGUUUUCAUAAAUGUAUCAAAAGGACAAGUUGCUAAAAAAGAAGAUCUUAUUAAAGCAUUUGGAAAAGAUGAUCAAACAGAAAUUUGUAAAGAGAUUUUAGCUAAAGGUGAACUGCAAGUUUCGGAUAAAGAAAGACAUUCAGCUUUAGAUGCUAUGUUUAAGGACAUUGCCACAACAGUAGCAGAUAAAUGCGUUAAUCCAGACAGUAAACGCCCUUAUUCUGUAUCACUAGUAGAAAAAGCUAUGAAAGACAUUCAUUUCUCAGUGAAACCGAAUCGUAAUACAAAACAACAGGCGUUAGAUGUUAUUCCACAAUUAAAAGCCAUUAUGCCAUUAGAAAGAGCUCAGAUGAGAUUAAAAAUUGCAAUUUCUGGAAAAGAAGCUCGAAAACUAAGGGAAAAAAUGGUAAAAUUAAUAUCAAAAAUUGAAUCUGAAGAUUGGUAUGGUGGAGAGUUAACUUUGAUUUGCUUGAUCGAUCCAGGUAAUUAUCGUACAAUUGACGAGAUGGUUAGGACUGAAACAAAAGGAUCUGGUAUCUUAGAAUUGUUAAAUUUGAAAGAAAUUAUUGAGGGUGAAGAAAUUUUAGAAUAGUAUUUAUCAGAUUUUCCAUGAUCGUUGUAUUAACUUUAUAAUGUUUCUACAUAUUAGUAACUGAAAUAUUUUCAAUUUAAAAAAUUUAAUACAAAUUUUCAUUUGGCUAUCAAUUUACUAUAUUUUCUUAAAUAAUAUUUACAUUUGCAUAACAUUGUUCACGCAUAUACCAUAUAUUUAUUAAUUUGUAAUAUUAUGAUAUAAA